AUGACCAACACACCACCUCCAACGAAUGGCAAGAUCCGCCCCAUAAGUCGCUGGGGCACCCCGAUCCUGCAUCGUGCAGUGCGGGAAGUCGCUCCUGCUGACCUGGACACUCUCGACCUGGAGGCCCUGACCGCGGACAUGUUCACGACGAUGUUCGCUGCCGAUGGCGUCGGGCUGGCUGCCAACCAAAUCGGCGUGGAUUUGAAGGUGUUUGUGUACGACCUCACGGAUCUGAAGGGGCAGAGGAGCUGGGGCGUGGUUUGCAAUCCCGUGGUCGAGACGCGCGACGGACCGCGGGAGGGCCGUCGUCAUCAUGCGAAGGGUGAACAGCACCAGCACCAGCAGCAACAACAGCAGCAUCAGCAGCAGAGCAUGACCGAAGGGUGCCUCUCGUACCCGGGUGUCUCGGCCUCAGUGGCACGGGCCCGCGCAAUUACGGUGCGCGGAAUCGAUCAACGCGGCAAGGCUGUUGAGAUAGAUGCCGACGGGUUGCUGGCGCACAUUCUGCAGCACGAGACUGACCACCUCAACGGCGUUGUCUAUGGCGAUCAUGUCUCGUCGGAAGUGAGGCAGAGGAUGGACACCGAGUACAAAGAGCUAGAAAGCAAGCCGGCCUAUCCCGAGGACUGGCCUGUGACUAGGACGAAGCGUAGGUGGAUCAUCUAG